AUGACCAAACUCAGCGGCAGAGAACCAUUGGUCAUAUGGUCCAUGUGGAUGAUGACCUUUGUGACCUUCAUCUUCGUCUGUCUUCGACUGUAUACCCGGGCAAUUAUGGUUCGAAGUGUUGGCUGGGACGACUAUCUGAUCAAUUUCUGCUGGUUCAUGAACAUGGUCUUCUCGAUCAUGUCUACAAUAGCGGCCACGCACGGUAUGGGGAAGCAUCAAAAUCAACUGAACCUCGAAAGCACUAUUCAGACGCUGAAGUAUGUCACUAUCGCCCAAACCGUGGGUAUUAUUGUUGCCGGUGCUGUCAAGGUCGUCCUUGGUAUCUUCCUAUUACGUAUUGUCAUUCAGCGUUGGCACCGGAUUGCACUCCUGAUCCCCAUGGCAAUUGUCACCAUUCUUUGUACUAUAACGGUUACGUGUCUCUGGCUUCAAAAAACCCCUGUUGAGUCUAUCUACAACCCUACUAUUCAGGGAACAGUCCAUCUGAAUCAGACAACACUUUCGCUUGUCUACAGCUCAAUCUUGAUUGUAUCGGACUUCUUCUAUGCACUAUUUCCCUGGAUAUUUAUGUGGAAAAUUCAGAUGGGGAAGAAGGAGAAGACGCUUAUUCUUUGCGGUCUUAGCUUGGGCAUCAUUGCUGGAGUUUGUGGUAUUGUCCGCACUAUCAAGCUCACCCAACUGGCUUCGGAGGAUUUCUCGUUCGACCCCAUCAUCUGGACUGCCGGCGAAUUCUGUGUCACCCUCACCUGUAACUCAGUCCUCGUGCUAUACCCCCUCUACAAAAGGAUCUUCCUACACGGCGCAGAUGGUAGUGGCUACCAGAAUCAGCUGGGCGAUGGGCCCUACGGCGAAAACGGAUCGCAUCAUAUGGACUGGAUACCUAGUGCAGGUGGCUCUGACAACAACAAGAAUUUGGCGAAUUCGUACUAUCUUGGGAAGCCUGAUAAGUUUCGCGUUGUCACAACCACGACUACGGUAACCAGGCCGCCCGGUAAUACGAGCGAGGACAGUAUUCUUGGGUCGGUAAAGGCGGGUGAGAAUAAUGGUAUUAGACGGACUCAGGAGGUCAGAGUUGAUUAUGGCGAGGAUUCGAGUGAAAGGUAA